GGAAGCUGGUUUUCCUCCUGGUGUUGUGAACGUGAUCACUGGUUAUGGUCACAUCACUGGCAACGCAUUAUCUGCUCAUCCUCAAGUGAGCAAGAUGGCCUUCACCGGUUCCACUCUCACUGGCCGCAAGAUCAUGGAAGGUUCCUCUGGCAGCAAUCUCAAGAAACUUCAACUCGAACUUGGUGGCAAGUCCGCCCAGAUCGUUUGUGCUGAUGCCGAUCUUGAAAAUGCCGCUGUUCAAGCCGCAGGCGGUAUUUUCAACAACCACGGUCAGAGCUGCAACGCCGGUUCGCGUAUCUUUGUCCAUGAAUCGAUCCACGACAAGUUCUUGGAGCUGUUCGUCAAGGCCACUCAGGAAAACUUCAAGGUCGGCGAUCCUUUCGAUGAAGAUACCAUCCAAGGCCCUCAAAUCAACAAGAGCCAGUUCGAAAAGAUUCUCAACUAUAUUGAAAUCGGCAAGCAAGAAGGUGCCAAGCUUGUCUAUGGUGGUAAGCGUCUGGGUAACCGCGGUUAUUACAUCGAACCCACCGUCUUUACCAACUGCCACAACAACAUGCGUAUCAUGCGUGAGGAAAUCUUUGGUCCCGUCGUGGCGAUCGGUACCUUCAAGACAGUGGAAGAAGCGAUCGAACUUGCCAACGAUUCAGACUAUGGUCUUGCCGGUGGUGUGUAUACGACCAACUUGGACACCGCCAUCCGAGUGUCCAAUGAAAUCAAGGCCGGCACGAUUUGGGUGAACUGCUUCGAUGUGUUUGACCAAUCAACACCGUUUGGUGGUUAUAAGCAAUCCGGUUUCGGCAAGGAACUCGGCAAAUAUGCUUUGCAAGAAUACACUCAGGUCAAGGUGGUCAAGAUCCAACUCAACUCCAAGAUUUAAGCCAGCCGAUACAACUUUUUGGCUUCUAAAAAAACCCCUCCGUUUUUUUCCGGAAGAAAAAGGGCAUUUUCAGCCUUUUUUUUGUUAUAAUAAUAUUACUCCUCAUCAUGUGAAUAUGUGUAAAGCUUCAUAAGAAUAAAGUCGAUUUAAAAAAAGCAAAAAAA